AUGGGGGUCACCGUGACCUCCUCUGCGCUUGGCUGGCGACAUUGUUACAAACCGUGUCUCAGUGUAUGGGGAUUUAUUCUCAUCAGUAAUAUCCUAUCAACCAGCUUUUGUUUUAUUGAGCUCAGCGUAAUGUUUUCCAUCGGUAGAAGCGUGCAAAGGACCACAUCCGUCGCAUGGUCUAUCAGAGUAUCUGUCAAGCUCAGAAAUGUGUCUACGGAUAAAACGGUUGGUUUCAUCGGAUUGGGACAAAUGGGCAGUCGUAUGGCGCUCAACUUGGCCAAGGCUGGUUAUAAUAUACAUGUAUAUGACAUAGCGAACACCCAGACGAACGAAUUCCGAAAACAAGCUACCCCAGAUCUUGCUAGUCGGAUUACAACCCGGGCUUCACUGGAAGAACUGAUGACUCCCAAUGCUCCUCAGACUAUAAUCACCAUGCUUCCUUCAAGCCCACAUGUGACACAAACCUAUGGAAGUGAAGCCGUCUUAGGCAUGGUUGCCCUCGCCAAACCAGGCACUUCGUUCAUCGACUGCACAACGGGAGAUCCGCACGUAGCCAAGGAAGUAGCCAAAUACGUGUGGACUAAGCAGUGCUCGUAUAUUGACGCCCCGGUGUCAGGAGGAGUCCCUUCUGCAGAACAAGCCACUCUGACGUUCAUGGUUGGAGGAUCCGAGGAGGCCUGUUCGCGCGCUAAACCUUUCCUCGAAUGCAUGGGUAAACGCAUAUUUCAUUGUGGGCCUGUUGGGGCGGGUUUGGCUGCAAAGAUCUGCAAUAACAUGUUGCUGGCCAUCUCUAUGGUCGGUGUGAGCGAAGCAAUGGAACUAGGUCGACGUUUAGGCCUUCGUCCUGAGAUGCUAACCGAAGUCAUCAAUGCCAGUAGUGGGCGAUGCUGGAGUUCGGAAGUGUACAAUCCAGUCCCUGGUGUACUUCCAAAUUCACCCGCUUCCAGAGGUUACUCCGGUGGCUUCAGUACUCGGCUGAUGACAAAGGAUCUUGGACUGGCACAAAGUGCAAGCACUGCAACACAAUGUCCGACUCCUCUUGGUUCUUUAGCUCAUCAAAUCUACCAGAAUAUGUGUCAGUAUGGAUUCGCUGAUCAAGAUUUCUCCGUAGUCUACCGUUAUUUAUCUAAGUCUUUGUGA